AUGUUCUGCUGGAGCUUUCUCCAAGGCCACACCACCACCCUGCGCUUGCCCAACCAUGACUCUGUUCCUUACUGGCUGGGCAUCGGGAUCCCUCAGGGAAGUCCGCUCUCCCCGAUCCUAUUCCUCUUGUUCAUCUCUGGGCUCCUCGAGGUGCUUGAUAGGAACAGCAACCUCCACGACAUCAACGCCGAGUGCUACCCAUUUGGCUACGUCGACGACCACUACCUCGUGGUAAUAUCUCCCGACUACGAGACCAACUGCAGGGCCUUUGAGCGCAUGACAGAAGUCCUGAAGCGUUGGGCAGACGAGAACAAGGUCGUCUUCAACCCGAAAAAGUACGUGGUGAUGCACUUCCGGCGGCCGCGGUCCAGAGACAAGCGGAGCCAGGAGCGAAACGCGCUCAGGGAAAAGAGGUCAAAAGGAAGGGCAAAUAAGUCGAAAGGAGGGCCAAAAGCCGUUGCUAAAGACCACGACAACGACAACAACAACGACGACGAUGAGCCAACCACAUUCUCACCCAUAUCCGACGAGAUCCCCCGCAUUGACGGGGUGCACGGUAAGAUGAGAACGAUGUGGCGUAUGGGGGGCGCGACUUGGGGGAUAUCUCUCGUCCACAUGAGGCAGUGGUACCUGACCACGGUCCGCCCCAUGAUCACGUAUGGCUGCCAGGCGUGGUUCCUCCCGCCCGCGGCGAAAAAUCUCAAGUGGCGGCUGACUCAAAAGCUGAUGGCGCAGCUCGAGUCGCUGCAGUAUCAAUGCCUACUCCAAGUAUCAGGCGCCAUGCGAAACACGCCCCGCCAUAUGCUCCUAAAGGAGCUCGGCAUCCCGAGCCUAGAAGUCUACAUGACGUCGCUGGUUAUGAAGCAUGCCGCUUAUAUGAUCAACACGCCCGAGCAUUCGGAGUUGGAGCGGAUUCGCCAGCUCCCCAUGUAUAAAAAGUGUUGCUACCGUGCUCAUCCUUUCCACUGCCUAUUCACAUACGCCGCGAUACUAAGGCAUUGUGCUAGGGAAGAAUGGCUGCUAUCGAAAUUCCCUGGCAGCAAUGGAGGCCUGGGAAGGAAACAGACAAAGAAAGCCAUCUCGAAUUACUUCUCGCGGAUGGAAGACGCCCAGGCCAGCAGCGAGUGGGCAGACUAUGCCAAGGCUCAUCGACAUAUCAACCACCCCCUCUACAAGGAAAAAUGGAGCGGGAAGAACUUCCAACUAUACAGGGGAAUGGACCGCCGUACAAGCACCAUGCUCUUGCACUGCCGCACCAACUGCAUUGGGCUCCGCUGGCACUUGCACAAGAGGUUUAAUAUCACCAACGAUGAGGUCCCCGAUGAGAAGUGCCCCUGCGACGGCGGCCCACACACGCCACACCACCUCUUUGUGGAGUGCGCGAACCUAGCAGAGGCGAGGAUCCCGCUCAAAGCCCAGCUCAGAGCCCAGCUCAAUGGCCGCCUGGAUACUUUGACCCUCUGGACUUCCCUCGGUCGUGCCGGGCCCGCAGCAGUGUUGUCGCAGUGGGCCAUCGAGAAUUUUGCCCGCAGGCGCGAGCCUUGA